AUGGGUCUACUUCAAAAAAUCUUCCACGGGCAGACAAAGAAUAUUGACUCCUUGGUACUUGAAAAGGGGUUUGAGGUAUCUUCAUGCUCAUCUGAAUGUUCUAGUUGUACGUCCAACUUUCCGAAGUCUCUUUCGUUUGACAACGAUGCUUAUCUCUGGGAAUCAACAAAACCUUAUGGUCUCCAUAUUGUGGUUCCAACAGGCAAAACAGACUGGCCCCAUGAUGCCUGUGGUGUUUCUGGUACAUUUUCGAAACAAGUGAGCGAGUGGGGGGGCCAUAGCAGUGGCAAAUUUCCGGAAAUAGGCUCGAUUAAAGUUACCGUCUCGUCACUUUCUUCAGAUGAUCUUCUCACCAACGAUGAAUAUUGCAAUGAGAAAAGAGGCGAUGUCCUCUUACUUCCAUUUUUUGUAUGGGUAAGAAACGUAUCAAUAGCCCAAGUUAACCCUGUUUUGGAUGCAGUGGUAGCCAGCUUAGUUGCUAGCCGCAAGAAUUCGGUCAAAGAAAUCCAGUUAUCAUACCCACAGUUUCCUAGUGUUAAGAUAGAGGUGGACAGUAAUCAAUCGUACGUCUUCUUUUGUUCUCAUAAAUCAAGAGACAAGCGUUGUGGUGUCACAGCUCCCAUCAUGAAGAAGGAGAUGGAUAUUUACCUACGUGAUCUUGGUUUAUACAGAGAUGUUGGAGAUAAUACCCCAGGUGGCGUCAAGGUUGCGUUUAUUAACCAUAUUGGUGGUCACAAGUAUGCUGCGAACGUAAUCAUCUAUUUAAGGAAGUCCGGCAAGAAUAUUUGGUUGGCAAGGUGCAAACCCAAUAAUGUUCGUCCCAUUGUCGAUGAAUGUAUUGUUAAUGAUGGUAAGGUAUGGCCGGAAAAGAUUAGAUUAAUUCAAAAAUUUGAUUCUAUAGAAUGGUAG